UGCGGAGCUGUGCUAUUCCAGCCAUGGCCAAUGCUCGUCGCCUCGGGAGGAUUUGCUUGGUUGCCGGCGUGGCAUCCUGCUUGCUUCGAAGCCUCGCAUUCACAGGCCUGGCAGGCCUGCAACCUUGGGCAUCGCGAGGUCGCAGCCUGGCAGCGCUCAAGGUGGAUGGCCCCGUGGAGCCCUUGGGCAAGUUCGUGCUGGUGAAGCAGGCGCAGGCCGAGGAGAUCACCAAGGCAGGGCUGCUGCUGCCGAAGAGCGAGAAGCCCAAGGAGGGCGAGGUGGUGGCGGUGGGGCCUGGCGAGGCCAACGCAGAGUCGGGCGUGAUGGUGCCAAUGUCCGUGCAGGUCGGUGAGAAGGUCCUGUACAGCAAGUAUGGUGGCUCCGAGACCAUCGAACGUGAGGGUGAGGACCAUGUGCUGGUCCGAGAAGAUGACGUGCUUCUGAAGUACGAAGGUGAUGAGCCUUUGCUGGAGAAGAUCAGCAUGCCUCGGGGCAAGGUUUUGGUGAAGCUGAUGCGCAAGGAGCAGGAGACCUCCUUCGGGCUUUUGCUCUCCGAAGGGGCAGCGGAGCAGACGACAACGGCCGGGGAGGUGGUGGCUGUUGGCCCUGGCGUGGUGCUCGCAAAUGGUGAGGAGCUGCCGCCUCCCGUCGAGGUGGGCGACAUGGUCCGCUUCCGCUACGGGGACGAGGUGAAUUUGGAUGUCGGCGACGACACCUUCACCGUAGUGGGCACCUCCAACUGCAUCGCCAAGUGGCGCAGUUGAGUCGGCUGAGUCAGAUGCAUGGCCCGCAGGCCGUCCCCGAGUUUUGUGUCUCCCAGUGGCGUUUGAGAGGGGCGAGAGCCAAGUGGGGGCCA